AUGAGGGAGAGAAGGUCCUUGCCAAUAAGCGGCGAAGUGGCGCUUAAAACGGAAAAGGAUGGUGCUGGUAGGGGUUUGGUUGUGAACUCUGUUCUAUGUGGUGUUGUGGAUGAACUGUCUAACGGUAGAACUGGCAGACGAGGGUCGUGGGUUCGAACUGCAGUCAUGGGGGUACUCAGGUGGAAGGAUUUGACAGGAGUCAGGACCAGCACGCCUACAGAACAAAAAGAGGUGCAUCAACUUCCUGUACACGUUGCC